CUGUUUACAACAACUUUUGCUUGACCCAAAAGAAACACUACGAAUUUACUAAUUUUAACAACUCAAUCAGCUGUGAAAUCAGCUGCUUAACGCAACUCAGCUGGAAAUUACUUCGGCAAGAAAGGUACAAACACUUUAAGCUCGACUUGAAAGAAGCAGACGGUAAACAGAUGGUUGCGCCCGUAAACAAAGUGCAGAGCAGCGCUAACUCAGAGGAUGAUGAGCCCCCAAGGCCAGCCAACAUGCAUGCGCCCACUUCGUCGACAUUGCAUGGGUCAAGCAUAUUGCUGGAUGCCAAUUCCACAAAGCGCAAGAGCGCUUUUCUGCCAUAUCGACCACAGUCCACUGUUCUCACGAAUCUGCAGCGCGGCAACACGGAGGCUACCUUUUGUCCCGUGGAGGUGUCGCUCUCAUUUCAUGAGCGGGCCGGUCAGGGUGAAAUCACGGAGGAGCAAGUUAAGGCUGAACUACUGCGACAGCCGCACAUUGAUUUCAAGGACUCGCACGGAUUCACACCACUUCACUGGGCCGCUUCCUAUGGCCAGUUGAUACCGGCACAAUUGCUUGUGGCGGCAGGCGCUAAUGUGAACAGCCUGGCACCGGAUAUGGUUAGUCCGCUGCUACUAGCUGCCGCCGGGGGACACAACGAAAUAGUUCGAUUCCUUUUGGAGCGCGGCGCCAGCGCCACACACAUGGACAUUGUGGGCAAUACAGCGCUCAUGUAUGCAGCUGCUGGCAAUCAUCCGCAUACCUGCAACGAGCUGCUCGCCAGGGAUCUGGACUUUAGUGCAACCAAUGAGAACGGAGAGACCGCUUACGCGCUGACUGUGGAGCACGGCUCACAUCUAGCCCAGGCGCUACUGGAGCAAUACAUGACUGCCGUACUGACAACGCCCUUGUCAACAUUUAGUACUAAUUAAUUGUAAUAUUCUAGAGAGAUUAUCGACUAGUUAAGCGCAAAUAAAAGCAAGUUUUAAUACGCUCGCAGAUAAGUAGAUAUGAAAAAAAA